CAUCAUCGUUGUCAUCCUCAAACAAUCACGACAACAAAACACACUAAUCUUUCUUCUCUCACCUUCAUCAUUUUAGUCAAACCCCCCGAAAUGUUCUCCUCUUCUCAUCUCUCACCAUUCCCCAUCACCGUUUCUUCUUCUUCAAUCUAAUUCUCCAUUUUCAGUCUUCAUCAAUGGCUUCCAGUGAAGAACCCACCAAAAGCUCCAAUCUUUACGACACCCCAUCUUCCCCAACUCAACCCCUUCUCUCAAAACCCUACCCUUCUCCUUCAAUUGAAGAUCCUCAACAACAACAAUCUUCCCCUCUAUCUGAUUCCGACCGCACCCAAUUCCUUCAAAUUGCCUACAAUUUUGGUCCUAGACCCUUCAAGGAUUUACCUUUCCUCAUCCUUUUUAUCCUCUUCUCAAUUUCUACUUUUGGGUUUGGUAUUUUCUCAAUUUUUCAUCAUAAUUCUAACUUCUCUUCUCUCUCUUCCUUCUCCUAUGACCCCACUUCCUCUUCUUGUGUCAAAAACCCCAUUUCCAAUCAUGGGUCUUUCCCCAAUUUUUCUGGGGAUUCCAAAUUUUUGGGGUCUUUUCUCAAUUUGAGUUCUUCUAGUAGUAGUGGCUUUGAAAGAGGUUUGAUUUGGGUACUUGUGAUUACUUUCAUUUUGAGCUUGCCAAUUGUAUGGGGUGUGUUAUUGUUGCUUAAGCAUUAUACUAAGCAGGUUGUUUAUGUUUCUCUUCCUUUCUUUAUUGUGAUUCCUAUUGGUAUAAAUGUGUACUGGUUUGUUGCCUGUACUAUUAGCUCCUCAUGUAGUACUUCAUUGCCUCUUGCAUAUAGGAUACUGGUGAUGCUGUUUGUCUUUUUGGUAAUUGGAGUUAUUGUGUGGAUAAUUGUGAUUAAUUGGCAUCGGAUCGAGUUAACUAUACACAUAAUUGGUAUUGCAUCCGAUGCCCUAUCGAGGAAUUUGGGGUUAUUUGGUGUUGUCCCAUGUUUGAAACUUGGGCUGCUUGCUUAUUAUGUGCCAAUUGUUGUGUUCUUGGUGUUUGCGAGGUAUAAUGGGAAGAUUGUGCCUCGUGAAUCCAAGGGAGACUAUCACUGUGCUUGGAAGCAGGAUAGUUGGGUAGCUGCCUAUUAUGCAUUGGCAAUUUUGACAAUGUUGUGGUCAGCGACUGUGAUGGUGGAAACUAAAGCUUAUGUGGUCAGUGGGACUAUUGCUCAGUGGUAUUUUUCCAAGGAUGAUUCAACCCCAAAGCGAAAAAUAAGAAGUUCGUUGAGAAAUGCGUUUGGCCCCUCAGCUGGAACCAUAUGCUUCUCUGGGUUAAUAAUAUUUGUUGUCCGUAUGGUGCGGGCUGCUGUUGAUAGUGCAAGACAAGAAGGGGCUACUGGAAUCGUGAAUGUUGUCCUUAGGUGCUGUGUCAAUGUUUUCAUGGCAGCUGUAGAUUUCUUAAACAAAUUCACUGUCAACUUUGCAGCUAUUACAGGUGAAGCUUAUUGUACAUCUGCAAGGAUGACAUAUGAACUUUUGAAACGUAAUCUUCUAUCAGCUGUUUUUGUGGAGACUAUUUCGACACGUUUACUGGGUGGGAUAAUCUUCGUGCUUUCAGCAGUAUAUGCUGUUGUGGUAUGUGCCAUCCUAAAUGGUGUAACGAAUCUGGGAGUGUAUUCCUACUAUGUUUCCCUGUUGGCUUGGUUGCUGCUCAUCAUAGUUCUGGGGUUCUUCGUGCACCUACUUGACGAUGUGAUCGACACAAUAUAUGUAUGCUAUGCCAUAGAUCGGGAUAGAGCAGAGGUUAAUAAGCCUGAAGUCCAUAAUGUUUAUGUUCAGCUUCCUAUAAGCAGGAGCAUCCGAACACCGCUCGUGUAAAUUAUCAUUCUCCAGUUUCUUUUGUUUUUUUUAUUUCUUCUGAUGUGGUUUGAUUUCAUCCCUGUAAUUUGUUAUCCCUCUUUGUUAACACUUGGUGGGCUGUGCAUAUCUUUCUAUGUUUCAUUUGUAGAAUUCCAGGUUUUGCUAACAAUAAAUUGAAUAAAUAGACUGAGGCCAUUGAUUGAU